AUGGACUCCAUGACUAGGGAGCACUUGGAGAGCGACUGGUCUCCUUAUGAAGAAGUGAAGGUGUUCCCUAUGACAAAGGACGAUACCUUUGCUUUGGUGUGUCGCUUGUUCAUGAACAUUGAGACCCUAAGGACGUGUCCAAAUUCACCGACCCAUUUGCUCGUAUCGCUCCGGGAUUCACUUCGGUGCCCCAUCAAUGUUCCUGGCACGCCAUUCAACAAAGCAGUUGAAGGAGGAAAAGUAAUAAGGCAAGAGCUUCCGAACAUUAUCAGACAAAGGAAGGAGCAGAUUUCGGAAGGAAAAGAUGCAAACGCGAGGGACUUGUUGUCUCGAUUACUUACCGAAGCAGAUGAUGACUGUAGUGUUCAUUACGAAAUGGAUGCAUCCAACAAGAUCAUUGGAUUGCUCAUUGCAAGUCAUGACACCACCAGUACAGCUAUCACUGUUAUAGUAAACUAUCUAGCUUCCUUGCCCCACCUCUAUGAGAAAAUUUACAAAGGUAACUGCUCUUGGUCGUAG